GUCAACCUAUGCAGGAGAGAUGGGGGGACUUUCAUUAUUUUCCCAGUGCCAGAUUCGUUUCUCUACUCAUUCUCACCUUUGAUUAAUAAUCAUAGCCACCCACCCACCCACCAAACGUCCCCACAAAAGUCUCAUUCAUUCUCUUCCCCUCCUUAUAACCCUUUGCUCCAUAACUUCCAACCAUAUUAUCUCCUCCAUUCCCAUUUCACAAUAACACAGAUUAUUGUCUUCUAUUCUAUCUCUCUAAAGCCCAUUCAUUCUUUGGCACUCAGAUGGAUUUUAAUGAUGUUUGUAAUACAGGCCUUGUACUAGGGUUAGGUCUCACAGCUUCAGCUCAAGAAAGUACUUCUCCAUCAAAGGCACCAAAGAAUAAAGCCUGUUCCAAUUUCACUCCCACAGGUUUUGAGCCAUCUUUGACGUUGGGUCUUUCUGGUGAGAGUUAUCACCAAGUAAUCCCCAGAAAGAUUAUUGAUGUGAACAAAGGUUAUGAGGAAUCCAUUGAUUUGUAUCGUCAAGCUUCGCCGCCUCACAGCGCUGUUUCAUCCUUCUCUAGUGGCAGGGUCAAGAGGGAGAGAGACCUCAGCAGUGAAGAGGUUGAGGCUGCAGACAGAGUCUCUUCAAGAAUCAGUGAUGAAGAUGAAGAUGGUCCUAAUGCAAGAAAGAAGCUUAGGCUCACCAAGGAACAGUCUGCUCUUUUGGAGGAAAGCUUCAAACAACAUAGCACUCUCAACCCUAAGCAGAAGCAAGCUUUAGCAAGGCAGUUAAAUCUACGGCCUCGACAGGUUGAAGUUUGGUUCCAGAACAGGAGGGCCAGGACCAAACUCAAGCAAACUGAGGUGGACUGUGAGUUCCUGAAGAAGUGCUGUGAAACACUGACCGAUGAAAAUAGAAGGCUACAAAAAGAGCUUCAAGAACUGAAAGCAUUGAAACUAGCCCAACCCUUGUAUAUGCAUAUGCCAGCGGCCACUCUUACCAUGUGUCCCUCAUGUGAAAGAAUUGGCGGUGUCGGUGAAAACGCUUCAAAGAGCCCCUUUUCAAUGGCUCCUAAGCCUCACUUUUACAAUCCCUUCACAAAUCCUUCUGCAGCUUGUUAGUGCAUGAGCUAGGAUUUGGGGGAGAAAUUAAACAAAACAAAGUUCCCCAUAACCGGUAUAUUUUUGUUGGUUGAGGACUUGUAGUGAAAGGUUAAUGUAAUUAAAUUGUAGAAAAAAAAAUAGUAGUUACAAGUUACUGAUCAAUUACCUUCUUUUUUUUUUCUUUUUCUUUUUUUUUUUUAAUUUUAUAUAUAUGCUUGUAAAUCGUUAAAACAUUAUAUCUAUGAAGGUAUAACUAUUAUUUAUUGAA